GGAAUUUUUAGUCAAUCUUCAUGCGUAUCUUUGCGAUUCUGCGCCAGGGCCUAUCUGGAAUCUCUUCAAUCUCGCGAGAUUCUGCUAUCUAUAGUCAACCACUUUCUCAACUGAAGCCCAUUGUUGCGACAGUCAACGCUCGCAGACAUUUCGCAGAUUUUCCCCGCAGAAACCGAGUCACUGAGGCAGAAUGGACAAUAACCCCGGAAGAGUGGAGGGAGGAGAAGAUACUGGUGGAAAGCGUAAGAAGAGGAAUAUGGGCCGGAACGAAUGGAGUCGGCAAAACCUAGACAAGAGAGCGCGGAAUGAUGAGAUCAAUGCAGUGAAGAAGCGCAAAGUUGAGCAGGGCGAGGAAGUUGAUACCCCGAUAUAUGCGACGAACUUCUCGCAGGAGGAUAUUGAGAAUGAGCAACGGCGGCCGAAGAAGAAGGCUGCUGUGUUGCUUGGGUACUCGGGGACUGGGUAUCACGGAAUGCAGCUGAGCGCCGAGCACAAGACAAUCGAAGGAGAAUUCUUCCCCGCCCUCGUCGCAGCGGGCGCAAUCUCUAAAGCCAACGCCGCAGACCCCAAGAAAUCCUCCUUCGUCCGCUGCGCACGCACAGACAAAGGCGUCCAUGCCUCCGGCAACGUCAUCUCGCUGAAAAUGAUCGUGGAAGACGAGGACAUCGUGCAGAGAAUCAACUCACAUCUCAGCCCACAGAUCCGGGUAUGGGGCAUCGAAGUUGCCAGUAAGAGCUUCAGCUGCUACCACAUGUGCGACUCUCGAGUCUACGAGUUCUUGAUCCCUAGCCAUUGCUUUUUGCCACCGCAUACGAGUACGUAUUUGGGGAAGAAGGUGGUUGAGAUUGCGGAGAAGGAGGGGGACCUUGAAAAGUACAAGGAGAGACAAGCCGAGGUCGAGGGCUUCUGGGAGGACGUUGAUGAGAAGUACAUCAAACCGAUUCUCGAAAGUGUGCCUGAGGACAUCCGAACAGUUGUCGAGAAAGCCCUCUAUAUCAACGAAAAGACCGAAGACAAACAGGACCAGGAACAGUCCGUUGAGCCUACAGAAGCCCAAGAACCCACAGAAUCUACUCAACAUCCCGAUGUACAUAAACCCCAACUCACGGAAGCCGAAGAAUCCCGUCGCCGCCAAACUCUCGCCACGAUCAAAGCCAUCAAAGCCGCCUACCUCCGCGCAAAACGCGCCUACCGCAUCCCUACCUCCCGCCUCGACCGCAUCCAGUCCGCCCUAGACCAAUACGUUGGUACAAAGAACUUCUUCAACUACACCAUCCAAAAGCCGCACAGUGACCCGUCUGCGAAACGCUAUAUCAAGUCGUUCAACCUCAACCGCCAGCCCAUCCUCAUCAACAACACUGAAUGGCUGAGUCUGAAGGUGCAUGGACAGAGUUUCAUGAUGCACCAGAUUCGAAAGAUGGUUGCGAUGGUAGCCAUGGUUGUGCGGUGUGGUGCGGAUCCGGAACGGAUGAAGGAAACGUAUGAGAAUACGAAGAUUGCAAUUCCCAAGGCACCCGGGUUGGGUCUUUUGUUGGAACGCCCGGUGUUCGACUCGUAUAAUAAGAAAGCCGCGGAUUUGGGUCGCGGGGCUAUUGAUUUCAGCAAGUAUGAGGCUGAGAUUAACGAGUUUAAGCAGCGAGAGAUUUACGACCGUAUUUUCCGUGAGGAAGAGGAAACUAAUGCAUUCUCAUCCUUCUUCAACCACAUUGACCACUUCUCGCAGGAGGAAUUCCUCUACGUGACAUCCGGCGGCAUUGCAGCUGCCAAACCCAGCUCGCAGCCUAAUGCUGCUAGUGAUACACAGGCCAAAACCGGAAGGAUAUCGCAGAGAGAAGCCCUAGCGGCGAUUGAGUCAGAGAAUGAGAGUGAGGGUGAGGAGGGUGGUUGAUUGUCUUAUUGUUAUAGAUUAAAAGUUGAAUACAUAUUUACAGCGAUAGUGGUUUUACAGUUCCGUUGUAGAUAUAUACACGCGCAGCCGGAUCCAUUCCUAACCUCAAUCAUAAAACAAAGUUUAAUAAGA